GAUGUCUCGCUACAGGUCCUGUAGCUAGCCCAUCAAUCCCGGUUGUUUCCCCUCACAACACCGCCAACGAGAGUGGGUGGCCUGAUCGAAGAGAUGGCUAUGGCCUGAUUCCGGGUGGGAUCUCUAACUCCCGGUUAGCAGGUUUGAAAGGGCCUGCAGGAGAAGGUGGAGCAGAAAGUAGGAUAGUUUAAGCAGACGAUAUAAAAAAAAAUACUUGGACCCUUUCACUGAUGGGUGCUGUAUUGCAAGAAUUAGCGCCCGAGGGGUGUAGAUGCGCAAUUAGGCGCCCGGACAGGGCAUCAUGCCGCAUGAGGAUGGGGUCGCCUACUACCCCCUCGUGGCUACAGUGAGCCUGGGCGCUCCUAUCAUGUUGGACGUGUACGAGAAAAGCGGGAACGGUGAAGAAAAUGGGAAUGCCUCUCCCCGCGAUAUCGCAUCUUGCAGGAGAGACGCAGUCUGCUCUCGUUACAUCGAAAAGCAUCUAUACGGAUUUGCUGCAUGGGAUCGCAGACACGGCCAAGGACAAGGGGCUCGGGCCCAAAUCUAUCUGUAACUGGGACUUGUUGAGGGAGCGCGAUCGAUAUGACUGCGGGUGGCUGGUCGGUAGAUGCGACGAUUUCCGACGCCCCCAAAGACAACUUUCCGCCGGCAUCGAACUAUACGAUCAGUAGACCCAAGGGAUCAUGUUCCAUCUCUUCCGCACAGACUUCUCACCGAAUUGUCGCACGUAUUAUUGUCUGGUAUUCGCAGCGGUGACACCCAGGUUGACAACAAUAAAUAUAAGAACAGAUAAUAUUAUCUCGCUCAAGAUCUAAUUCUGCGGUGCGGUCAGAAAGAUUAGAAAGAGAUAUAUUAUAUACCUCGCUGUAUAGUGCGGACA